GCUGUUGUUGAGAGUUACAAUAAGUUUUCGACAUUUUGGUCAAAGUACUAUCCAUCCAAACUGAAAAUGACUAUUACCUGUAGUUCAGAAAUUCGAUCCGAUGAUGAUAGGGAAAGCUUGAUAAUUGACAGCCUUCAACUCGGCGAGAAAGAGGAAAAGUGCUCGUCUGGAGAUGAUUCACCUACGCUUCUUCACCACAUAGCUCUCUGCGCCAGCAACGGUUUUUGCAGCUUUAUGGCGUUUGUAACAUGCUCUUUGUUUUCACCAUUCUUUCCUCAAGAGGUUAGCACUUAUAUUUAUUUAUUAAUGAUAUAUCACAACAAAUGAGGCCUACAUUGGAAAAUAAAUGUAAUUCCUAGUAUAAUAAGUGACUAGUUGUCCUCAUAUAAUGAUUUCAAACUCUAAAUCAACCCAUAAUUUAUCAGAAGUGUCUAAAAGCAUAACAGUUUCAGUAGAGACCGUAGUGAAAAAGGUGAGGAUGUGAUAAUAUUUGUCAUUGAUAGUUUCGUAAUCAGGGUAUUUUGACUUUGACUUCAAUUAGAAUUUUAAUCUCCUGAUUGUAGCUAUUGAUAUUCUUAAACUACUGUUACCAAUUCUAAUGGAAAAUGUCUGAGGUCAAAAUCAGAUUUGAUUCUCUAAUUAAAGGAAGGGCUCGUUAAAGAACAGCCUUCAGUCCAAUAGGAGAGUGCAGUACUCGAGCUCAGAUUUCUCUUGAGUUAGUUGACUUUGGACUCUUCGAAGCAUAGUUAUUAUCAUUCCUAUCAUUAUUGUCUACUUUGUGGUUUUUUAGGCACGUUCUGUAAAUCAUUCACUAUUCUUUCCCAGUGAGGGUAGCACCUAGCACUUCCAAUCGCUCUGACGAAGGGCUAACGCUCGAAACGUCAGCUUUUUUACUUUUGACGGCGACCAAUUUACGUUUUCAACUCAGUUGUUAACACUAAAUUACCUACUAGCUCUUACAUUUUUUGAUGAAUACUAAUAUACUUCUGUCUAGGACGCCCACGUUUGCCAAUUUUUACACUCUAUUAAAUUUAACCAGUAUGUUAUGUGUUAACGAUCCUCAUUCCUAAAUGUCAUUUUUUCCCUUGAAAUUACGGAAGGGCUCGUUAAACAACAGCCUUCAAUCCAACAGAAGAGUGCAGUACUCGAGCUCAGAUUUCUCUUGAGUUAGUUGACUUUGGACUCUUCGAAGCAUAGUUAUUAUCAUCCCCAUCAGUAUUGUCUACUUUGUGGUUUUUUUUAGGCACGUUCUGUAAAUUCACUAUUCUUUCCCAGUGAGGGUAGCUAGGAACCUCUGCGAUAUUUCAAUUGGUUUGUCACGCAUUUCUCUCGAUAACUUUUGCGUUUAGCGGCUAUUCGAGAUCAGUGGAGGCGCGUAAUUGCCGCUCAGAUCGAAGAGAAACUGGAACCCAAAUAGGUCAAAUCGGAGAAAUCGAAAACCGCAUCGGAUAUCAAAUCCGAAAACUGCAUCGGAUAUCAAAUCCGAAAACCCGCUGGUACUUUUCGCGAAAACCGAAAACCAGAUGCUGAAAAUAGGUAUAUCCGCAAACCGCAAUGAACACCAAAACCGAAAAACCGAAGUUUUUUGGUACAAAAACCAAAAAACCGAUCUAAAAAAUAGCUGAAACCGUAAAACCGAAAAUCCCAAUGCCCCCCUCGUUUUGGUCUCGGUCCGCAUUUUUGUCAACAGAAUUAACACACCGUUAAAAAAGAUGAUAAUAUGAACCACGUGUAAAGCUGUCAAUUGUUUCUCGAAUGUUGCGCGUGUUAAAUAUUCAGUAGUAACAUCUCAUUAACAUCUACAUCUACAUCUACUUCUAUUAAAUUGGUAAAAUCUGUACAGACAUCACACCAACCAACUCGCGCGCAAAGUGAGAAGACUAUAUGAAGGCUUGAAAUUAUAUUAAGAUCGAUUUUGAUCAAGAAAUGGGCCAGAAGUAUUCCACAAUAAUGCAAAUAAUCGUGAAAGCUGAUCGCGGAAAAGCGAUUGCGUGACGCUCGGUAAGUUGUAAGAUGACAUGUUAUCACACGCCAGACGAAAAAACUCUUUAGAUUCUUAGUAUGCAUUUUGUACCCAGUCUGCAGUCUGCAGUCUACAUUUUAUACCUAGUCUACAUUAAAGAAAUACUCUGUACACUCAUGGCAAAAGGCUCAUCACAAUUACCUUGAAAAGUACAGAGAUAGAAGGUUUGAGGGGAGAGGGGUGGGGCAAAGGGCUAAACUGGCAGAAGUAGGAGCUUAAUGAGGGUCUAGGGAUGGUUGUUGUGCAUAGUUUCCAAUCAAUAAUGCCUCUUUUAUGGUUUCUUUUAUAAGUUUUGCGAUUUAUCAUUCAAUUUUUCUUCUUCUUUUUUGUUGACUUAAAGGCAAGGGAUAAAGGCGUGUCUGGAACUAUAGUGGGUUUGAUCUUUGGAACUUAUUCGUUUGUGAUGUUCAUCUUUUCGCCAUUUUGUGGAGUUCUUGUAAGUAUUUGACUCUGAAGGAUAUUCAUAAUAGUUGAAAUAUUUGAACCAUUUGUUUGUAUAUUUAUCAUUAUUCCCUUUUUCAGCCGAUUAAAUACUCCACCAUACUUAUUUAAGUAUUCAUUUUUUGCGAUAAAUAGCUUAAUCACAUUCACAUCAAAGUAGACUCAACAACAGUUUUUGUUUCCAUAUUUUCUUGAAUAUUAGCGCCCGAGCGAUUUUUUAAAAUUUCGGCUGAAAGGAGAGGCGCUUAUUGGAAAGAGGGCGUUUAAUCAAGGGCAAGGGGAGGGGGGAAGGGGCGUGCUUAUCAAGUUAGCACAGCAAUAGGAUGAAAACCAAAGAACAGAUAACACACAUGAGUGAUAUCAGUACCACAUGGAGAUAAAAAUAACUGAAACAGAAAAGAAACUCUGAACUGAUUUUGCGGUAGUUGAAGUUUGUAAAAAAUAUAAAUAAAGUGGCAAUAGGAACAGGUUUUUCUUGUACGCCUACCUCUUAAGAAAGUAAGGGAGGAAGUGGGGUACUUGUUUGAGAUUAUGGGGAUGGGCGCAUAUUCGGGAGAGGAAGCUUACCGGUAUUUGAGCCUGGACGCUUAUUCGAGGAAAUACGAUAUUUUAGAGUUACUUCUUAAGAUAACAAACUUCAUCCCCUUCAGAUCAAAGUGGGCUUAACGAGGCAGAAACUGAAACAGUUUAUAAAAAUAGUGCAUUAUGACAAAUCUAUAUCUGGCAUCCUCAACCCUUUAAAUUCUAAUAGUGACAAGCAUCUUAUUCCUCCUUACAAUAAUACUGAUGAGUCAUUCAUUAAGAUAAUGAGAAUAAAGGAAAUUAUCUCCAUCCAGAGAAGCUUUGAUAGAUAAGUGAAUUCUCCUUGUCUGUACCAAAGAAAUGUACAGAAAAGAGUAUAGAGAAUUUAGAUACUGACAUUUGGGCGUAAAGGGAUAAUAUGAUGAUUUAUGAGAACCACAUGGCCACAACUCAGUUAUAUGUAGUUUUCUUCUUGGAUCAACAAUUGAAUUCCAAGCUUUUUCAUAAUCAUUUACUGAGGAGUAAUUUGUAUCACUUGCAGAUACCAAAAUAUGGCCCUAGGUUUGUUCUCUACUCAGGGCUUGUUCUCUGUGGGGGAUCAUUGGUUUUAUUUGGGUGAGCUAAAAUAUUGAAUUAAAUGAUUUCUGUAUUAUGAUUUCUGUAUUAUGAUUUCUGUAUUAUGAUUUCUGUAUUAUGAUUUCUGUAUUUAAUCAAACAAAGAAUCCCUUGGUUGCCAUCUUUUCUUCUCCUCAUCACUUUUCUGCCUAAAAUUGUAUGGGUAUUAUAAAGAGAAAUUUCUCUCAGGUCAAUCUUGGAAUCGGAAAAAGGCUAGCUCUCAAAUGCAGCAUUUUUCAAUGGCUUGAUCAGCUGGGAAAGACUUGAGCAAGUAAAUAUGCUGAGCACUGUUAAAAAAAAGCUCUGUUAUAAAGUUUAAACGGUCUUGGAAAUGAAGUGUGAAAAGCACUAAAGGGAAAAACUAAGAGGUUAAAAAGAUCUAACUUGCCCCUUUACUGCUUUAAACAAAGAUACACUAUGUAUGGCUUUUGUAUCUUUCAGAUUUUGUGACAUGAUUGUAGAUCGGAAUGUGUUCAUAGCUGUUUGCUUUGUGUUAAGAGCAACAUGUGCCAUUGGAGGGGCUGCAACUGAAACCUCAACAGUGUCCAUUUUACUGACACAAUUUCCUGAUAAUGUUGGAAUGGUUUCAGUAUGUGGGAUUUUUUUUCUUGAAUUCAAACUAAAUCAGUUUUGUAAUAAAUGUAUUGUGUGUCUUAAAAUGUGAAGAUUACAGUAAUGAUGUACUUUGAUAUGCACGAUGAAUUAGAGGUUCUAGUCGGUUUAAAAUGAUAUGAAAGAAAUGUGCAGUUAUCAUAUGACGUAGCAUAGUGACUGAUGAAUGAAUGCUUAUUUUUAGUUAUAAUGAUUAAGGUGGCUCUAUCAAACUCGCUGAGAAAAGGCAUCACUCAGUAGCCACUGUAUAAAGCUUGUCAUGACAUUUCCUGAGUAAUUCUCUUUUUCUUUAAACGUCAUUUUCUAGGGCGUAUUGGAGACAGCUGCUGGAGCCGGAAAUGCCUUUGGUCCAGCUAUUGGAGGAUUUCUUUACACAGUAUGUACAAGGCAUGAUCUUUAUCUGAUACAUUAUCUGGUUUAAAUUUGUAGGUAAUAUAUCAGGCAAAUAUGAUCUGGUAAGCAUCCUUAAAUUGACGAAAUUGAACAAGGAAGUCAUGUCGAUCGACGUUACAUUCAAAAACGUUACUGGUUUUCUUUUUUUCUUUGAAUACCUAUGCUCCUUUCAGCCAGGUUUCAGUACUCGUGUUGUCUAAGAGACGCUACCUCACCCCCCACCCCUCCCCUACAUCAUAGUGAGGUUGAACACUUAGUUAUCUCAGCUUUUUCGUCCACAGAGCAUAUCGAGGAAAUAAACAAAGAUAUUAGUAACUAGGUAAUUAAAGCUGCAGUGAAAUGCUGUCAUCAAUGUUCAUUCAUCUUAAAUGAUCUCACUUCUAGGUUGGUGGUUUUAAACUUCCAUUUUUUGUCACGGGUGGCACUUUGAUUAGUGUAAUUCCAAUUAUAGCAUUGGCACUUGGCAAAGGUUUGAUUUUGAGAUUUUUUUUGAUCAUCUAGUUUAUCUUACUGGUUAAAUAACAACAAAGAGUCCACGAAAGCUUUGUUUUAAGCUGAAGUAAUAAAAAUAAAUUACAAACAGGUUCAAGAAAAAUAGUUUACCGCGAGUAAACAAAAUAGCGGAACGGCGUUUGAGUCAGUGCAUAUGCACGGCUCGAUGUUGUUGUCUUUCGAUUUUGCUCCAAUAAUGUAAGGACAUUGAAAGUUAAGUCAUCAUAAUGGAAAUAAAUUUCACCAGCAAAAAUUCCAAUUUUUAUUCUACCUUUAUUUCACUAAAAAUUAUCCAGAAAAUAUUAAAACUGCCUCCAAGGCUUGCAAACUUUCAACAAAAACUUCCGUAAAAAUUAUCAGAUCGCAAUCGCAGAGGUAGCCAAUUCUGGCCACAAAAAUGGCAUUUUAGCCAUCUAAAUUGAAGUAUUCUUCAGAAGCACGUCAUAGUUUGUGCCCUCAUCUUGCAUAUGGCCAUUUCUCUUCAGUUUUCUUUUUAAUCUCUGCUCGAGUUCUCGGUGCCAUUGUGUUCAUUCAUUGAGAAAUUAGUUUUACUCUUUGUUCUUCUGACCGGCAGGUCAUUCAGUUUCAGGCUCUCUGAUUGGUUUAAUGGCACUUUUUGAAGGUUUUCAUGAGAAUCAGUGAUUUGAUCACAAAAUAGAAAUAAAUUUAUCAUUCUAUCUUGUAAGCUUCUCGGCUGCGCCUCGUGGUUUGUAAACUUUUCACGUGUUCUCCCAAUAUUACGCCGUAAACCGAUAGAAAAAGGGGUUUAUUGCUUAAAUAAAUGUUUAAAAGGCGCUGAGAUUCAAAGAUCCGUCAAUAUGAUUGGGGAAUGAGUAAGCAAAAACGUCAGUCUAUAAACAAUCUUUCAGUUCACCCUUGAGUCGUUGUUGUUAUGUAUGUCUCCUUUUUUAUGAUGUACGAUACAUAGACAUAAACUAGCUUUGAAAUUGUUUCAAGGUAAUAUGUACCAUUACUCUUUAACAAACACUUUGGUAACCAAAUAUCAUGUUAGCCACCAACAUGAAAAUGCAGGGUAGAUUGGUGAUUGUGUCAGUAUACCGAUGCAUUUGUUCGCGGAUUGGCUGCGCCCCAGGUUUUUCAUUAGUUUUUGGAAAGUGUCGAAACGCUUGUACCUGCGUAUAAGACGCACCCCUAACAUAAGUUCCAUUCUUUGGCUGUGGCUAAUCUGUGAGUAAAAACAGUAUAUCAAGCCCAUCCUUUAGGAUCGUGUGGGUAAAAAGCAUUUAACUGAAAGGAAAUUCAGCCCUAGGGCCGCAUAUUUUUUUUGCUGAUCACCUCUAACUCAGGCUAUGGGAAUAAAACGAGAAACAGGAGUUCCUCCACUGCAUUUAGUGUAGUUUUGAGCCAUAUUAGCCCGUCCCUGAGAAGUUUCUAUCUAAUAUUACAUUGUUUUAAUUUAAAAACUACAAAGCAGGAGAAGAAGAGAAGAAAGACGAGGACAAGGAAUCAAUAUCCAUGUUAAAAGUGCUUAAAAUUCCAUCUGCACUCAUGUUAUGUAAGUACAUGAGUACUCUUAACAUUUAACCUAUUAUUUCUGACAAUGGAUGAUGGAGAGUUAAUAUUACUGGAUAAUGUGAUUGCUGAUGCACCCUGGGUUGAGGGUAGCCAGAAUACUUCUUUUGGCAGAACAUUUAUGUGGAUACCACGCCUAUCUCAAAACAAUACCUCUGAAAAUAAGUCAGGAUCAGCGAUUGAAAAGAGCAGAGGUCUUUUAUUUUAGCUACAUGUGUUAAUGAGUUAGAGCUGUUACAAUUGUAAAGAGAAAUGAGAUUGGUCUCUGAUAAAUUUUUCUGCCAUUAUAUUCCAGCUCUCUGCUUUGUCGUCUGUGGUUUUUCAUUUCCUUACUUUGCGCCUGUCUUAGGGCCGCAUUUAGAGCAGGUACACCACGACUUUUACUUUAAUAUUAUGACAGGUGUUUUUGACUUAACAUAUAAUGCUUUAGACUGUCACAGAGCAUGCUACGUCAACUGUAUGGUUUUAUCAAAUUUGACUUGUCUUCGAGAGGAAAACCUGGGCACCAAGAUCUUUUAACGCGAACAUUCGAAAAUACUCCAGGAUUUCGUUAGUUUUGUUUAACCUCCCUUUUGUGAUUCACCAAACUCGCGCCAAAAAUAAAAGUGAUCACGAAUGGGUCACUUGCAUUUUAUUGUGCAUCACGUAGAUUCCUUCUUUGUACUUAAUUUGAGUUCCUUAUAAGCUCUGUGGGAUGUUUUUCUAUUUUCUGAGUAGACAUUGUCACUACUUCGGUUUCCAGUGUUAGACACUAAGUCGACAGGCUCUCAUUAUUAUUAACGCUGCAGGACGCGCUUUUCUCCGCACGUUGGAAGGUUCGAGACGAGUCGGGAAGAGGUUUGCUGGAAUCUGGCAGAGCCCAAACAGACCGCUGGCCGGCUUGCUUUUCUGAAGAACUCAGGCUUCCUCGCAGGCAAAGAAACGCUCGUGUUGCAGCGCUCAUGAUGAGUGUCUGCUUGAAGGCUUAAUAGAAAUGCCUGUUUCUAGUUACUAAGAUGCUUCACCUAAAAUUCAGUUCGCCAAAAUUUUAGAGCCGUCUGUCUUCCAAGCUGAGCUCAAUUGUCCAAUUUUUUAAGGUUCUCAAACGAUGGUAUCUAUUCACUUCACAGAUGGGUCAAAAUACAACACAGAUUUAUCUCGUUUUUCUUUAUUGGUCUGGCACGUACACUCUGUUAGCGCCAAUAGUGGGCUACAUAGGAGAUAAAACGGUAAGUUUUCGCUUUAGCAUAGCAACAAUUAACUUUGCAUCAGGAUCUGACAUUAUCACAAUUUCCAAAUCUACGGUUCAAGAAAUUUCAUCAAAAAGACAAGCGAUUACCAUCAAAGGAAACUAAGACUUCUUCAUGUGAGUUUUUUUUUCUUUUAUGUGGAAUUGUAAGGGAAGGGGCGGGGUUCCCAGUGCAUUAUGGAAUCCGUAAUGGCAUGUUCAAACUGAAUUUCACGAUGACCAACAAGGUCCAUUCCUUCCCAAUCAAGAGUGUCUUUCUCAGAGGGCGGGGAUUGGGUUGCGUUGAAAUAAAAUGGAUUAUAAAAAGCAAAAAGUGCUGUGGAAAAAUGGCGAGUUUUGGCGACGUCUUGCUGUAGAGAGUUUUCCCAAAUAUUGUCUAUUUGGAUUUCUGUAGGUUCUCUAGGGAGAACACUUACCGUUACCUCCGAUUUACUGUUGAUUCAGUUGUCAACUCGAGGCGUCACUUCAGAGAAAAACUCAUAUACCCGCAAUCUGGGUUCGCUUGUUAAAACCUCAUGUUGACGCCUCUUCCUCGUGUGUGAUUUAGUGUGACUUAAAAAUAAAUGCAUGAUUUUUAUACGAUUCCAUUCUUCUCUAUUAAUUUCUUCUCAGAACUGUUAUCGAUCGAUGAUUAUAGUAGGUUUUAUUGGACUCUUCAUUGGAUUUCUGUUCAUGGGACCUGCUUCAUUUCUCACGUUCUUACCACCUAAGUAUGUGUACUAAUCAUUUUGCAUACUCUUGAAAUGUUAAUGCUUUAACUCCCACGGGAUCUGAUUGUUAUUUUCUAUUUUGGCUACAAAUUUCCUUGAAAAUUGGUAACGAGAAUUUGGUGCUAGAUCACGAAAAGACUUCUACUUGAUAAGAUCGAUUAUUCUCAUUACCUGUUUGCUGGACAAUGUAUGGAAAUUAUAGUGAUAGUUUACAGGUUUAUAACUUCUGGGAGUCAUAAGGUGAAGAAAAAGUACACCUUAACAAAUAAUACUCACAGAUAAGCUGCAAUUUAAGCAAUUGCAGAAAAAAGCCUUUAAAAGUUCAGCUUUCAAUAGGAUUCGAACGAGCGCUUCUAACCACUGAGCCGCAGAGCCACAUUUAGUGAGCAAGGCAAAUUUAAGUGGGGCCUUUAUUUGCCUUAAAAUAAUUAAAAAUGAAAUGAAGUAAAUGAUAUAUUGGCUGGUCAGAGGAGAGUGUACAAUCCUUACAUUCCUCCACACUAACCUUAAACGUAUUGGAAAUGUGCCAACAAAUAUACUGAGAACAUUUUGGUGAAUGAUCGAAACUUUUCAAAAUUGAUCUGUGUUUUGAGCGAUUGGUACAUGUUCAAACAAGUCAGAGGUCACCAGCGUGCAAUCCCACGCAGAUUUGUAGCUGCAAUUAUCAACUUUCAAGCCUAUUUCUAAAUCAAUCGAAAACUGAAGUUCAGUCACCUGAAAAAACCUUAUCUUGAUGGUAAACUACUCAUUGGAUCCCGCUAUUCUUGCAGGACGAUUUGGCUGGUUAUUUUUGCAAUAACCAUCCAAGGAAUUGCUGGUGGUUUUGCUUUUGUACCCAUCAUGUCUGACCUUAUUAAAAAUUUAAGGUGAGUAGCAAUGUUUUCGUAAGGCUCGUUUCUUUUCUUUAGCAAGGAUAAAGUUUCAGUCAGUGAAUGGCAGAGUCCAGGAAAUCCAGUUGGGAAGAGUUUAAGUUACUGGAAGACAACCUAAUUGAUUUAUUUAUAGAUAUGUUUUUGUGUCAAUGAUUUUGGGCUUGCUUUUGUUACCUCUUUUCCUCUUGCAGGGCAAAUGGAAUGCCCGAUAAUUCCUCCACAAACGCGCUUGUGUCGAGUAUUUACGGUUUUAUGUUCUAUUUAGGGUAUGUGCUCUUUUUUCACCGAUUCUUUAUCUUUUUUGUGUUAGUUGCUGAAACGGUAACGAUAUGAGGGAGGGCAGACGCUAACAUCCACUCUUAAAAUGGAUCAUGUACAUUUUUUCAAUUCCUUUUUUACAGAGGAACAAUUGGACCCAGUCUGGCUGGAGUAUUAGAUGAUCAUUUUGGAUUUGAGUGGGCCAUGAGUGUAAGUGCUGUUUUCAUCAUUCGAGGCAUUUGAUCUACGCUACGAAACUUAAUAUUAUGAAGAGUUUGGGGAUAAGUCAGUAUUUAUCGAACGGCGGUGGUGGGGUGGGGGAGUGAAGGAUUUUGGUAAGGAUCACAUGGUUUUCAAGGGAAACAGAUGGGGGAUCACUCCGUUCAGCCGUCGCAACAGAGUAUAAGGGGAAACUAUAGAAAAUUAACUGUUAAUUACCUGUCAGUGAGAGGGGACAAGAGAUGAUGAGGCGGAUUUUGGUUAUGUCAAGAUAGAAUUUAGUUCCAACAAACUCCCCACCCCACCCCCCCUCCUUCCUGAUUGUUAAAUAAUGACCCGAGUGUCCUUAACAGAAAUAAAGAUGGACUUGUAACAAGUAUUUAUUCUCGGUUUCCUACUUUUGCAGGUAGCAGCUUUCAUCUGCCUUUUCCAUGUGGGUACACUGAUAAUUUCGCUUCCGCAUGAUUAUUUUACUCUAUUUUUGGUGUUUCGUUCUUUCAUAUUUCAUUUUAAAGAGAAAGAUUUUUCUCGAAAAGAAAUCUUGUUAUUAUUUUUGCUAUUGUUGUUCUUUUUACGUAAAGGUUUUGUAGUUUAAGUUUUAUGAAUAUCUUCUGUCACUAUCUUCGAGUUUCUUUGUUUUUUCAGACCCUGGUGAUUUGUUUAUUCACGAUGAGUGAAAAGAUCUCUUUAAGGUUGGUAGAUAGUUCAAUGACGUUAGUAACAGUUGUUCUUUUUUUGCUAAAAGUACUUUACUAGUAGCUAGAACCCCUUUUUGGAGUAAUCAGGAAGGAACGUAACUGAAUUUGACCAGUCCUGAUUUAAAAUAAUUUGUAAUUUUUUUGUUACAUUGACCCUUUUGGAAGGAAUUGCGCGCAUGAAGAAAUAAAAAAAUAACUUCAGAUAAGCCUUGUCUUACGGUCAAAGUGAAACUGAAUUAACACGUUGCACGACUACUAGUGCUCUUACGAACGGAACGUUGAUUUACAAUUUCUCAGGCCGAGCUUUGCAAAACCCUUUGGGUAUUAAUCAUAGUCAACUUCUUGAAAAAUAACCAUAUGUUGCCGAGGUAAUUAAAAAUGUUUUUGUGCAAACCAACCAACUGAACACAACGACCCAACUUUACUGACGCAUCAGGACUGACCAAUCACAAUUAAGGUGAUUCCAUCGAAAAAGAAGGUGUAAUGGCAUUUCUUUUUUACUUUGCACAGUUGUUAACUACUCUAAGCUAAUCCAAAACAUAAAACAAAAAGUUGGGGUUACCUUCCUCAUUCUCGAGUUUUAGGGCUGUUAUAAAAACUACUCUGGUUAAGAAUAUAUGAAAGUCAUAUAUUUGAACUGCGGAUAAAGACAUGACACACCGGUUCUGCACCGGUAUCGCAGAGGUCAUGGGUUCAAAUCCCGUACAGGCCUGAAUUUUUUUCAGGCCUUAUUUCCACUACUGCCUAAGUAGUACACAUUACUGAGAGGAUCACUUUCAUUCAAAAAACUACUCUGUUAGCUUGUGAUACCAGAAUUGAAAAUCCUAUCCUAGAGUGUAAAGUACCCGCUAUUUCCAGAAAGUAGUCAAUGAAUACGAAAAGAAUGUUUUGCUCUUAUCAUCCCACAACAAUGUUGUGGUAAACCAUUUAAACGUUUUCAAAAACAUCAAAGUGGUGAAUAAUAGGCCCGCCGAUCAGUACUCCCUCUCUCGGACAAAACACCUAACAUCACAUCGCAACAAUUAUUCGAAAAGAAUAUUUGAAUAUCAACGAAUGAAAAAAUCUUCAAAGUUGGAUAUAUCAUGGAGGAUGGCAUUUUCUCUCGAUGCGUGGAAUAAAACUGGGGGUCAUCAUGCCCGUUUUUCCGCAAUUGUUCGGUGAAAGUGACAAAUUCACUUCUGCUGUGCAUUUUUCCGAGAGGGCACUGGAACGAGUUUCUUCCCAUACUCCAGUCUCGCUUACUGAAGUUUCGAAAUUUUGACUUUUAUAAGCUAGAAGCCUAUUUUUCAUGAUAUCUGAUACACAUUUUUCUACGCUUUAGCGUUUUGUUGUUGCAAAACCGGCCUGUGUUGUCUUUUUUUAUGAUACCAGCUUUAAAAGCGGCCGCUAUCUUGGAUGUCUCAAUGUUUUGCGCAGUAGAGGUGCGCAAUGCAAAACCAGGGAAUCACCUUAAGCUAUUGAGUCUUCCAGCCAUAGCAUCUCAUUGAAGUAAUAAACCAAUCGGUUUUCAGAAACUGUCGUAAAUCAUUCGACUGAAAAUAACUGUUUGGUUGACUGAUGACUUUUGUUUGUGUUGUCAAAAUGGAGUACCUUUACUUGAACUAGUUAACUGCACGACUGUACUAUUAUUUAUUUAUUUAUUUUUUAAAUUUAGGGGAAAUUCUGACCCAUCAGAAAGGGAACCUCUCACUGUUAACAGCAGGAAGAGGACAACAAUUGAAUGA